AUGCACCGCGAUAUCCGCGCCUGGGUACGAAGUUGCCUCGCUUGCCAGCGUUCCAAGGCCCACCGGCACACCUUCAGCCCUCUGGGCACGUUCGCCACCCCUGAUGCCCGCUUCACCACGGUUCACCUUGACAUCGUCGGCCCGCUUCCCUCUUCAUCAGGGUACCGCUACCUCUUCACCGCCGUGGACCGGUACACCAGGUGGCCUGAGGCUGCGCCCAUGGAAGACAUGUCUGCAGAGACCGUCGCCGCCACCUUUCUGGCCACCUGGGUGUCCCGCUUUGGCGUACCGUCUUGGAUUACCACCGACCGUGGACGGCAGUUCGAAAGCCGCCUGUUUGCCUCCGUCACCACGCUCCUUGGCACCUCCAGGCUGCGAACCACCUCGUACCACCCUGCAUCAAACGGCUUGGUCGAGCGGUUGCACCGGCAGCUGAAGGCCUCUCUCACCGUCCGUGACGACCGCGCCAACUCGGUGAACAACCUCCCACUCGUCCUUCUGGGCAUUCGAGCCGCCCUCAAGCCUGACCUCGGCUGCAGCUCUGCCGAGCUUGUCUAUGGCUGCGCGCUCCGGCUCCCGGCUGAGUUCUUCGCCCCCACUUCUCCAGCCCUGGAGCCGUCACAAUUCCUCGAGCGCCUCCACCGUGCUUUCGCGACUCUUCGCCCGGUGCCCGCACGUUCCUAUACAAGCCGCCGCCCCCACGUCCCGCAAGACCUCCACACGGCCUCCCACGUCUUCCUCCGCACGGACGCCGUGAAGAAGGCGCUCCAUCCGCCGUACUCCGGUCCGCACCCCGUCCUCCAUCGGUCCGACAAGACCUUCAAGAUCUCCAUCGAUGGCCGGGUUGACACUGUCACAGUGGACAGACUCAAGCCCGCCUACGUCGAGGCUCCCGUCUCCUCCUUAGGUGCUGAUCCCUCAUUCCCGUGCCUGCAUUCAGCCGUCAACUGCCCACCGGCCGCUCCGCCUAUUGCGUCUUCCCCUACGCCUCGGAAGACUGUCACCUGGGGUGACAGCUCCUCGCUGUCUUCAGCGCGGGGGGGGGGGGGGUGCUGUAGUGGCAGUGACGACAUUGACGACCGGCCCCAGCGCCUGAGCUUGGCUCGUUGGCGCGUGGCUACGCCGGCUGUUUAA